UAGAAGCGGUUGUGCGAUACAUUUCUCGUUAGCCGAGACGAAAACGUGAGAAAGCAAAUUGAAAAGAAAACUAAAGAAGACAAAAAACUAUAAACAAAUACACGAUUUCAGCACACGAAUAUACAAAAUUGCAUAAAUUUGCGCUUGAUCGCAAUAAAUAGGUACCAAAAUAGAAAUUUUUACAAAAACAAAUAGAAAAUAAACAAUAAUAAAGUUCCAACGAAUUGGAAAAUGUUUCCGAUCGCUAUCCGCCUGCCUUACGCUGUGCGUGCAGUUUUGCGACAGCAAGUCAACAAACACGUCAUGGGAUGUCAACAUUUUGCAACGAGUAGCGAGAGCGGCGCGCCAACGGUAACUGCCGAACACCCGCUUAAGGGCCUACGCAUUCUCGAUAUGACGCGCAUCAUCUCGGGCCCCUACUGCACCAUGGUGUUGGCUGAUAUGGGCGCCGAAGUCAUCAAGAUUGAACGCCCAUUUUAUGGUGGCGAUGAGGCGCGCAAAUGGGGACCGCCAUUUUUGGAGCACAGCAAAGAUUCCGCUUAUUUCCUGGCGAUUAAUCGUAAUAAGAAGAGUGCCGCAAUCGAUUUGAAGCGUGGCAAGGAUAUCAUUUAUGAGCUAGCGCGUAAAUGUGAUGUGCUGGUGGAGAACUAUGUGCCGGGCAAGUUGGCUGAGUACGGUUUGGAUUAUGAGCAAAUGCGCAAAGUCGCACCGCAGCUCAUCUAUUGUUCAAUGACGGGUUAUGGUUCGGUGGGUCCGUACGCAAAACGUCCGGGUUACGAUGUGAUUGCCUCAUCGAUUGGCGGCCUACUGCAUAUAACCGGUGAACGCGAUGGUCCGCCAUGCAAGGUGGGCGUGGCAGUUACCGAUGCAGCGACCGGUUUGUAUGCCCAUGGCGCCAUUUUGGCUGCUUUACUGCAGCGCGAACGUACGGGGCAUGGUCAAAAAAUCGACGUCAAUCUGCUGUCCACCGGUGUGUCGCUCCUAAUCAAUGUGGCUAGUAAUUUUUUGAAUGCCGGCAUGGAGGCACAUCGCUGGGGCACUGCACAUUCGAGUAUCGUACCAUAUCAGAGCUUCAAAACCGCUGAUGGUUAUCUAACCAUAGGUACUGGCAGUGAUGCUCAGUUCCGCGAAUUAUGUCAGUUACUCGAAAUUACCGAGAUGGCGACGAAUGCCAAAUUCAAAACUAAUAAGGAUCGUGUUUGCAAUCGUACAGAAUUGAUAGCGUUGCUUGCGGAUAUCUUGGCAACAAAGACGUCGAAGAGUUGGAUGCAACAAUUCGAAGGUGCCUCGUUUCCGGUGGGUCCCGUGAACAAUAUACGCGAAGUAUUCGAGGACGAACAUAUUCAGGCGAUUGGUUUGGUAAAAACUUUGCCACAUCCCAGCGACGGCAGCGUAAAAGUGGUCGGACCACCUGUCGUCUUCAGUGAGUCUAAAAAUGAUGCACGCACAGCUCCCCCCCUUAUGGGGCAACAUACAGAUGAAGUGUUAUCACAGCUCUUGGGUUACAGUGCUGAACGAAUUGCCGAACUUAGAGAUAAGAAAGUUAUAGAAUAAAUAUGCCUACAUACUCCUGGACUUGUGAUAUUAACCCAGUUCACCCAAAGUGCAUUUAUAGUUUAAUAAGUGUGACUAGAAAUGUUAGACCUUAAACAUAUAAAGGUGAUGUGAAAUAGGUUUAAGAAUUUAUAAAUUAAAAAUCUUUAAAAAUGCAUAUGUACAUA